UGGAUGGACGGACGGACGGGAGGGUGUGGAUGGCUGCGGGGCAGCCUGCCAGGGGUGGGCACGGCCGAGGCAGGGCACGGCGCUUCUCCCCGGGCUGUGUGGGACCGGGGCUCCCUCCCUCCUUCCCUCCUCCGCUGCCUCUCUCUGCCUGAGGGCACCGCGGCUCCCGGGGCAGCGGGAGGGCAGCGGGCGGAGCGGAGCCCUUCCAAGGGGCGCCCAGUGACACCGGGGGCCAUGGGGACACAGCGGGCACUCCCUGGACGCCGGGAAUCCCUGCCCCGUGAGGCUGGCAGAGCACAGGCACAGGUUGCCCGGUGAGCUCUCCGUCCUCCUAGCAAACAUUCGAAAGCCGCCCGGACACGGCUCCGGGCCUCCAGCUCUGCGUGGCCCUGCUGCAGCAGGGUGCUGGACCAAACAGCUUCCAGAGCUCCCUUCCCACCGCCAGUGCCCUGUGAUCCUGGGAAAUCCUGUAGAGCCUCACUCGGAAAUGGCAGAACUGAGGACCCUCAUUCACGGUCCAAGAUAACCAUGGUGCCUACAUACUCUGUGAUGGGACCUUUCAGAGGACACAUGAGUCUCAAAAGUAGCUCUUUUUCUCAUGGACCUUCCUGCAAGCUCUCCAAUCAAUACAUCCUUCAAGACCACAUGGCUUCUCAUUUCAAGAAAUUGAUGUCUGCCAAAGCUGCUGUUGAUUCAUCUGCACCAAAGAGUUUGCAUACCAGUGUUAAAUACAAGGACCAGCAGAGAAGAGACAGACUAAUCCAAACCGUUGAGAAAUACAAGAAAGAUCUUGAAUCUGGUCUUCCUGCCUCACCAGUCAAGUGCAGAAGUAUUUCUCCAAAGCUGCAGAAGAUACCAGAAACUGGACAACCCCUUAUUAAUACAAAUGGGGCACUGUUGGAAAAUGGUCACCCAUUGUCUGGUCAGAGCAACUAUCCCAGGACAAAGAGAGAGCAGCUCCUCUCUGUAUCAUGUCAGAAGUUCACUUCAAGGACUUUGAUGCUGGCUCCUGCUGCAAGAAAGACCAUCUCAAAUACUGCUGUGUGUGCUUUGUCUCAGACACCAGUUCACACUCCUAGUGCCCAGAGAUCAUCUGUUUCACCCCUCCUGCAGCCUCACAUACCUUUGGGCAGUCACAACAGGAAGAAGGCAUUUCAAAACUCUGUUCAUAAAACCUGCUCUGGGGAUCUCCUUGACAAACAUGCAGCUUACUUUACAGAAAAGAAGCAGUGUUUUACUCCUCGGAUCUUGAAGACAUCACAUCAAGCUUUUCUUGUAAAAUACAGGUAUUAUAAUCCUCCUUCCAGAAAAAGGAGCUCCUCCCCAGGCAGAUCAUCAAUUAAAUCAGCAGACAUCAACAAAAAAAAGAGCGAAGGCUUGCACAGAUUUUUAGAGGAUGCACAUAUGAGACCACAUUCUGCUCACUUUUCUCAGCAGCCAGUUGAGAAUCAUGAAUUGUGGAGUCAUGAUUCUGAAAUACCACUUUCCCCAGGAUUACAACUUGAAGAAGUAGAAGAAGAGUACCUUUGUUUUCUCCAGGAUCUUACAAAUGAUAUUUUGAAUAGAAGUUGCUACCAAAAAGAGGCAUUAGAAGAUGUAUUUCAAAUGCACAUCAAAAGUAAGAGGCAUAACCUUGAUGAGGUAAAAAUGAGAAGAAUUGUUCAAAGUCUGAAGAAAGAGCUGAACACCACAAACCAGCCAGACCUUUCCAUCAGCUGUGGGGGAACAUGGCAGAAGGAUGCCAGCAUUCCUGCAUGCUUUUAGCUCAGGGCAUUUCAGGGAGCAUGCAAAACCACUUGAGAUAGCAGACUAGAUUUUACACCAAUUACAAUGUAAACCUUGGGUAAACAGGAAAGUGAAGAAGAGAUCCAGCUAAUGCAUCUUCCUGUGAUGUAACACAGUAUCACUAUGGCAACAACAGGGUUAGCAUGCUAAGAACAAUAGCAGAGCACCAAAGACAUUUUUACAGGGACUUUCACAGAACAGAAAGCCACACACAAGUGUCCUUUCAUUCAUUAUAGAGAGAUGACAAAACGUAUCCUAUGCAAUCCUACUAGGAAUCCUGAUCAGGCACUCUGAUUUUUUUGCUCUGCGUGCUUGAUAUACAGAGAGGUUGGAAAUUAUGUUCAUGACAGAGCUUCCCUAUGUGGAUUGUGACCUGAAGUCUCAUCAAUUGCAAGGGAAUGUAGAAUAUUUCAACAGAUUUAGGCAUUAAUCUAAGACCUCUUUAAAAUCUUAACCUACAUCAAAAAGCUAAGACUACCCAGUACUCCAAUACAUACUAGUUGCUAAAAAAACCCAGACUGUAAUCUUUCAAAAUGAAAACAUUUCACACUUAAUGAAAUCUAAAGGCUUAUAAAAUACAAAAUGCAGCCAAGUGGGAAAAUAUGUAACAACUAAAGUCUCAAUGCUUUCUUCUACUGAUAGUAUUUUUUUUCAUUAUAACAUAGUUGUUCAAAUUUUCCUGGUUAAGAAAAAUUAGACAGCUUUCUAAAGAUAGAUGUUUUUUCCACACUCUUCUCCAAGUGGGACACUUUUCAAGGCAUCAGAUUAAAAUAGAAAAACAAUGAUUUGGAUAAAUAAAACACACCAGUUUUGUUUGGGUUUUUUCUAUUAUGGGCUACCAAAGUCUCUUCAUACCCAUGCUUCUACCUCAAGACACUUAAUACUUUUUUAAAUUGCUGUAAUUCCACAGAUGAUCCCUAAAUAAUUUCAAGAUACAAAACCUGGUCUGAAAUAAUUUAGCUUUUAUGAGCUUUGACAGUAUCCUGACAUAAGAUGAGGCAAUAAAAUGCAUCCUUUAAGGUGGGCCCCUUUCAGUGUUUUUGGAAGAUAUCUUUAGGGGUAGUGCCACAGGGAUUGUUUUAAUUACCUAACACUUGAGUUAACAAACAACUUAAGAUGUUUAAGGAAAAGCUGCAAGGUCUACUGCUGUGAUGCCAAGCACAGGUAUAUCUAGUUAAUGAAGGAUAGAUUACAUGGCAAGAUUUUGAUAAUUUGAAUAAUGAAAAGUAUUUUCAUUUGCCUGACUGUUACACACAUUUGAUACAAAUGUUGAAUGCCUUUAAAGAUUUUUUGGUUAGAACAAUGAGUAAAUCAUUUGUCCUCCUAAACUGACUGCAUUCAAACAGACAAUACUGUAAGAAAGGCAGAAUAAUGGAGAUAUGUAUAUAGAAAGAAAAACCCACUCUACUUUUGCAAGGAGCAGAAAACAUUAUUACACACUUUUGUUGAAAGAAGAAACAUUCUGACAUAGUAACAUAACAAUGCAAAAAUGCCUCUCUGCUGUGCAUCUUGGAGCUUUAGGGCACUACUGGUACAGGAGCUUGAUUUCCCUGUCCAGGCCAGGUGAGUAUAAUAUGAAUUAUCAGAAAGUAAUUUCUGUUUAGUUGGAUACUGACUGAUGUGAUGGAUGUCACCUUUUUCUAGACAGUUAAGUUGGUCUGUGCUCCUAAGCCAGCCCAGUUAGACCUUUGAGAUCAACAAGCUGGGGGGAGCAGUUUUGUAAUGAAUCAUCCUAAAUUCAAGUUUAUCAAGAACUGGAUGGAAUUAUUUCUCUUGUAUUGAUGAUACCAGAAUCUUAACUUCUAUUUGAAUGAAAAGGAAUUCCAUACAGAUAUUUCUUGACACCUGACCAUUUCCCAACACAUCCACUCUCACUACAAGCAGGUACAGGUCCUCAUUAAUGUUCAUAGAGACAGAUUUGAGGUUAAGCAUUGUCAAGGUGAAGGGCGACCUGCAGAGGGAACAGCAGACAACCAUUGCUGGUACAACAAGAACAAAUUUGUUGUUACAGGGUCCUUUGUGGCCUGGUACAAAGUGCUCAGUCCCAUCCUGCUGAGGAUUCCUGGCUGGCUAAGGGCCAUUUGGCAGAUGUGAAGAUCAACACAAGAUCUUCAGCUAGGGAAGUACAUGGUCAGAUGCUUAGUUUCAGGCAAACAAGGCAGUCCUCUCUGGCUUUGUUUGAAUCAUGUCUCACCCCUAUUUGCACAGUAUGAUUAUAAGAAGGGAUACCAACACACAGGACACUUGACUUGUGCACUGGAUGCACUUUAUGGCUGUUUCUAUAUUUUUGUCUUGCACCCAGAAAGCAAAAUCACCGCUUCACUUUGAAUCAUCCAAUAGUGUUUGCCCCAUUUUUCCUGGAAACUAGUAUUUUUAGAUACCUGAGUUUGUUUUCCAUUUGUAAAUCAACCAUUGUUACACAAUAAAAAUGGCAACAAUUAAUUACAUGGCAA